CCCAGCCUGCUCAGUCCCAGGACCCCUCACACACCUCUGUACUGAACUCCCCACUUCAGCUCAGCACCCUGAACCCCCUCUGGCACCUCCAACUCUGCCUCUUCUCCUCCCCAGCCUUCUCCUCUGUUCCUCUGAAAUCUACCUAGUCACCCUCAUUUCUGCAGUCACCCCCAGACUCCCCCUCUACCCUUCUAGACUGUCUCCCACCACCCUCAGCCUGGCCGUGGUGCCUUUAGCCUGCUGCACCGUCCCUCCGUCCACCCAAAGCCAAGCAGCUUCCCUGGCAUCUCCACAUUCUGGGAGCUGAUCUCUUACCAAGAACCCCCCAACUCCUUUCUGCCCCCAACCCUGCUUUCUCCUGCCGCACAUUUACCCAUCACCUCUCCUCUUAUCCGCAGGCUCCCUUCUCUCACAUUUAUGGGUGUGUCAUUUUGUGGUUUUGUGUCUUUCCCACUCCCCCCACCAUUUCUGUAGCCUCUCAACUUUUCUCUCCCAUUCCUUCCAAGGAAACAUGCCCUAAACUGCCACCGAAUGAAGCCUGCUCUUUUUAGCGUCCUGUGUGAAAUCAAGGAGAAAACCGGCCUCAGCAUUCGGAGCUCCCAAGAGGAGGAGCCUGUGGACCCACAGCUGAUGCGCUUGGACAACAUGCUUCUGGCAGAGGGUGUGGCUGGGCCAGAGAAAGGGGGUGGCUCAGCGGCCGCAGCUGCAGCGGCUGCAGCCUCCGGGGGCGGUGUGUCCCCCGACAACUCCAUCGAACACUCGGACUAUCGCAGCAAACUUGCCCAGAUCCGCCACAUCUACCACUCAGAGCUGGAGAAGUAUGAGCAGGCAUGUAACGAGUUCACAACCCAUGUCAUGAACCUGCUGAGGGAGCAGAGCCGCACGCGGCCCGUGGCCCCCAAGGAGAUGGAGCGCAUGGUGAGCAUCAUCCAUCGGAAGUUCAGCGCCAUCCAGAUGCAGCUCAAACAGAGCACCUGCGAGGCCGUCAUGAUCCUGCGUUCCCGCUUCCUGGAUGCCAGACGAAAACGCCGUAACUUCAGCAAACAGGCCACUGAGGUCCUGAACGAGUAUUUCUACUCCCACCUGAGUAACCCAUAUCCUAGUGAGGAGGCCAAGGAGGAGCUCGCCAAGAAGUGUGGAAUCACUGUCUCUCAGGUCUCCAACUGGUUUGGCAACAAGCGGAUUCGCUAUAAGAAAAAUAUUGGAAAGUUCCAAGAGGAGGCAAAUAUAUAUGCUGUCAAGACCGCUGUGUCAGUCACCCAGGGAGGCCACAGCCGCACCAGCUCCCCAACACCCCCUUCCUCCGCAGGCUCUGGCGGCUCUUUCAAUCUCUCAGGAUCCGGUGACAUGUUUCUGGGGAUGCCUGGGCUCAACGGAGAUUCCUAUUCUGCCUCCCAGGUGGAAUCACUCCGACACUCGAUGGGGCCAGGGGGCUAUGGGGAUAACCUCGGGGGAGGCCAGAUAUAUAGCCCUCGGGAAAUGAGGGCAAAUGGCGGCUGGCAGGAGGCUGUGACCCCAUCCUCAGUGACAUCCCCAACGGAGGGACCAGGGAGCGUUCACUCUGACACUUCCAACUGAUCUCGCCCCUCAGGGCCACAGGGGUGGGGGCUCACAAGGCAACUAUUGAAGAGGACGCAGGCAUCCAGAGGACAAAACCCAGACACAGGAGAAGCACAAGACAGAGAAAGGCAAACGGGGUCAUCCCAUCCCCGGCUGGACUCUCUCAGUGCUGGGGGUGCUGACUACAUGGCAGGGAAGAUGAGGUCCCCUAAGGGGGGAGUGGAGUCUGUUUCCCCUUUUUCCAUUCUUUUCUCUCUCCCACAGAAACACACACAUAGAAUCCUAUUUUUCAGAUCUUUCUCUCCUCUCUCUCAUACACACAUACAACUAUUGUCUGUCUCUCUCUCUCUGGGCUCCCCCACUCUCCCUCCCCCACCCCACUUAUCUGCUCUGGGAUCUGUGGAGACGCCAGCCCUGCCCGACCAGAGAUGCCAAAAAUGGGGACUCGACUUCUGGACAGAGGACAUGGGCCACGCCCCCCGUGCCUCCCCGCCCCCGGCCCCUCCAGACGGCUUUAUUACCUCAUACGCAGCUCAUCUUAAACCAAUAGAAUCGCUCGGUGGACGAGAGUGUCUGACUCAGAUAUCUACCUCGGAGGGAGUUUCUGCUACUUUAGGGAACUGUUGACUGGGCUUUGGGGUUGAACUUUUUUUUUUAAAAGGAAAGAAAAAAUAACCCUGGGAUCCAUCUGUAUUUUUUUUAUUUGGGGGGGGGUGUUGUUCGUGGUGAUGGUUCUUAAUUUUUAAUUUAGUUUGGGGAAGUAGAUGUUUUUAUAAAUUUUUUUUUAUUGCUUUCCCAUAUUAGGGGUGAUAGCCAAAGGGGUCACGAUAAGAGAAAGGGGAACAAAUAGAACUGGUGAAGAGGCCUGCCUGGCUCCAGUCCUGUCUGUCAAGAAGUGCAUUUAGUAGGGCACCAAGCCUGCCUCCCUAAAGUCACUUAGGAAUGUUCUCCUUUGCUUGUGAAGUCACUUAGGUAUUCUUUGCUUGUGCAGGCAGUUUUCUGUUGCACCUGGUGUGGAGGCAGUCAAGGUCAGUCAGGGGUUUGCUCUGCCAGCCUGUCCUCUCUUCCCACAAUCUAGGCAGGGCUGGACUCAGUCAUUUUGAGCAAAUGCCACCUUCCCCUGUGAGUGACACGUCUUUAAAUUUUUUUUAACUAUUUGCAGAUUGGAGGGGGAAGAAUGGGGAGGGGGUUAUUGCCAAAUAUGUUAAAUAUGGGGUUCGGUGUUUGUGUAUUUCCCCAGAAAUAAGGUAUCUUUUUUUUUCUCUCAAUCCAAAAUCAAGAAGGUGGGGAGAGAGGAGGGAGGCCGCAAGAAGCCAGGUGUGGGGAAAGUAAAAUCACUGUCCCAUUCUUGGCCCUGAACCCUACCAUCUGAACCCCUCAAACAUCCUCAGGAUUUUACAAGAGUGGGGAACCCCUCUCGUCAGAGAUCUGGGCAGGAUUAGGGGGCAGGUUGGGAGUGUGAUGGGUUGGGGUGGGAGGCAUGGGCCGGGGGCAGUUCUCUCCUCACUUGUAAACUUGUAGUUUCACAGAAAAACAAAAAACAAAAAACGCAGUUUUAAAUAAAGAAAUUGCUUUUUUCCCUGGG